CUCUCCACUUGGAUGAUUUCUAUAGUUUCUAUUUUCUAUCAUAAUUUAAUUAAAACGUAUUCAUGUGCUGCUUUGAAAAUGAUUAUAAAGUGUUGAUCUAACUUAUAAAAAGUAAUAGGGUCUAAAUAAAGUGAAAUAACAUGUGAUAUAAAUAGUUACUUUUACUUGAAACUUUUUUUAUAUUAUUUAGUUUUUUGUGCUUAAUAUCAUUUAGGAUGAGUACAUCAGAGAUAAAACUGAUAGAACGACUACGCCAGGAGAAUCUGGAACAAUUUUUUACAUUAGUGCGCAUGCAUUUAUCAUUCGUUGUUGAUAUCAACACAGACGACGUCGAUUGCUCGACAGAUAAGCCAAAACAAUUUCGAUGGAAUUUCCAUAAGAAGUCAAAGAAUGCUGCCACAAAUACUAGUCAAAGUAAUACUAAUACUACCAAAAAUAAUGCAGAAGCCAACUCUAUUACCGAAGAAGGGAUAGCUAGACUAAAUGAGCUUAUAGAUUUUUUAUCAAAAUCUGACAAUGUAACACAAGAAGGAAUAUUCCGGCGAACUGGUUCACUGAGUCGUCAACAAGAAUUGAGGCAGUUAUUACACACGGGAUCAAACCUUGGUCUGGAUGAAAGCAAAUUCUCGGUUCAUGACUGUGCAUCUGUGUUAAAGGGCUUUCUUGCUGAGCUGCCACAACCGUUACUGAUGGACCAGUAUUAUCAAACUUAUUGUACACUAGCAGCUCAAUACCCACCAAAUGCUGAGUCAUCAGAAACAAAACUACUAACUGCAUUACAGUUACUACUCUUACUAUUGAUGCCGUCACACAGGAGCUUCCUUGAAAGGCUAUUGAGUCUGCUGCGGCUUGUGGCUGAUAAUGAAGCAAGCAAUAGAAUGUCACCAGACACUCUUGCAACUAUGUUUACACCACAUCUUUUGUGUCCAAGAAAGUUAUCGCCCGAGAACUUCCACGCAGAUUCAAUAGCUCUAUCACCAGUUAUAAGCUUCAUGAUACGUCAUUCGUGUCGUCUAUUCGAAGCGCCCGCACAACUCGCGACCGACGCAUCUGCGUAUUUCGCGUUGCGGGAACGGAAACGGAUCAUGUCACCGGAUGUGGACUUGGAUGAGAGUAUUACGGAUAGGACAGCAGCGAACACAGUAUACACAUUCGUGGACCGUAAUAGAACUCGCGUAGAAAACGAAACAAAUCCCACAGAUACCGCCUUGGCGCAACUGUAUGCGCAUAUACAAGCCUUGCCGGACUCGCAUCAUAAACGACGGCUCGUUAAACAUUUUAACAGACAAAAUGGAUAUGGCACACCCAUACAAAUACAAAGGACAGGCAAAGUGGCUGGUUCUAGAAGUUUCGGUGAUUCGAUUAAAAGGCACAUUUUCAACAAAGGUCUCCUUAACAAAACACCAAAGAAAGGAUCUACUUCUGCAAUACAUACAGUUGAAGAGAAGUCUAAAGGCAAAUUUAAGUUCUCUGAUGAUGGUAAAGAUGUUUCGCACAAGAACAUCGUACUUAAGAACUUGGCCCAUAAAAUGGCAAGUUCAGAAUCAUUGGACGAUGAUUACGAUUCUGACGCCAGCAAUGAAAGCACGCUAUCCGAGGGUGCGCUAAACAAAUCCAGGAAAAUGAGUCCUAAAUUUGUUUCUGAACCUAAUCUAAGUGCGCUAGACUCAAACGAUGAAACGCCAAAAAAUACCAAAAAACGAGGAUCAAGACUGUUCAGAUCGAAAGUAAUGUCGCAGCAAAAUAAAAAGUAUCAAAAACGCAUGAAUAUACGUAGCACGCCGACGUCUUGCGUUUCGUGCUUUGAGUAUCAGGAUACCGCGUCGGACACAGAUUUAUGCACACCAGAUGACACGCCAAAGAAAAGUAACGUUUAUGAUGUAGAUUUAGAGUUAAAAAUGAAUUAUUUGACGAGUACUCCCGGAAUGCCAGAGGUUGUUCUAGACGAGGAUUGUGCGACGCCGUAUACUAUCAACUUCAGGAGGGCGUCGAUGUCACCCAUAACGAAGUCGACGCAAAAGCUGUCGAAAGCUAUGCAGGAAUCGAUAAUGACUCCGCGAUCUCGGAAACCGUUAAUAAUAACAUCGGAGCAGCGAGAUAGUUUACCAGAAACCCAAAGUGUACUGGAAACAAAGGAUUCUGACAAGUCCGAUAUAUAUCAAUCCUUGUCUCCGAAGAAUGAUAGUGAUUUUGUCUCAUCCGACGACGAUAUGACGAGGUCUUCAUAUUCAUGCGACAGAUCAAUUUCAGCAAGUACAUCUCUACCCAAAAAACAGUUUGAUACAAAGUCGCUGCCUUCAGACACUAGUCAACUAUUAUGUGAUGCAUCGAAAUAUGUUUAUAAUACUCAAGAGAAACGAAAUCGCAUCGAUUUAAAUACCACGUUAUGCGACGAAAAGAAUAUUGAACACACAUUAUCUCAACCUUUUAAAGACUAUUUAUUAAGCAGAUCCGUUUUAACUGCGAAUCCUAUCGAUUUAUCGAUUUUAAAUAAAUCGGAUGACGAAGUACUGACUGACUCAUUGAUGUAUUGCCUCGAUGGGAAUAUACCAUCGGAUCUGACGUCAUCGAUUAGUAAUUUGGCAGUCGAUUCAAGUAUUUCGCAAGGAUUGAGAUCGCCGUUGAAAAAUUUGAAUGUCAUUGAGCUAAGUCCAAACAGAAAGAGGUGUGGAGAUAUUAUAGAUGCCAGUACUGAAAGUAAAAAAGCUAUAAUUGAAAAGGAGAACUUGAAUCAACAUUUCGAAUUGCGUGAGACCGACUUGUAGAAAAAAAUAUUGAGUAAAAUAUUUAUUGAAAUAUGUUAGGUGACGAUAAAGAAAACAUUAAAUGGCGGCCAUAAUAUCUGAUAAGUGCGAGCGAGAUAGAAUGCGAUUAAUCAUGUAAAUAAGAAAAAAAAAUGAUACGUGCGAUGCCGUUAUUUAAGUUUUAUUUCAUUAUACCGUUGCGAUUUAUUUUAGUUUUGUACUAAUAACUACUCAUAUUAUGUUAGUGUUCGUUAUUCUGUAAGAUCUUAAAUUCCUUCCUUAUCCGAAUUUUUAAAGUAACUUCAUACUUACAUCAUCCAUUUGUGAAUUAUCUUUCUUCUUUUCUCUUAAAUCAAGAGGAUUCUAGUAUUUAAUGUCCAAUUAUAUAAUAUUUACCUCAUUUGUUAACGUUAACAAUUUCGUCUUGUCAUGUUUAAAUCCAAGUGCCUAAACUUCAAAUAAUAUGUUAUUUUUAUAAUUUCUAUGUUAAAUGAUACUGUUUACGUUUUGUAAAUAAUGUGUUCAUUAUAAUAAUAUUGUAAAAUAAAAACAAUUUACGAAUAUUAUAUCA